AUGCCACCGGUGACAUCAUCCCAGAAAUCCCGGGCGGAAUGCCCACCUUCAGAAGGGUGGCAUGGAUUUUUGUCCGUUUUGGAGGAUCCCGAGUCUCUUGCCAAUUUGCAGGGGGGUUUAGUUUUACUUCGCUCAGAUGCGAAAGGCACGGUAAGCACAGGCAGCAAUUCAUUUGAGCAGAAAUUGGUUCAGGGGUUUGGGCUAAGGUUGGAGGGAUUUUGCGACCGCUGCAUCGCGGCAUGGGCAUGUUGCAUUCAUAAAGGCUAUAUAUAUUAUCUGGGGCAGUUAAUCUGCCGUUUCCAUACGACGAACGGAUACGACGAAGGCACUCGCUCAAAUUUAUGGGGUUCAUCGCAGUGGCUCCCCAACGGGAAUGUCCGUAUGUGA